GGAUCUAACUGGGUCAUCGGGGGAGAUUAUGUUUACAAACUUUAAGUUUAUCCUUUGCAAGGUGCCGUUAUGACAAGGCGACUGUUAAUCAAGUACUCUCGCAACCUCGGCUGGUUUGUCAACAACCGCUAUGCACAAUCGAGAAGACAUCUCAGCACUGACAGUGUCCAUGAAAAAACAGGAAAGUUGGACUGGAGUUAUGUCCAUGGACCUGCGGAGCGUCCUCUGAUAGGGAAAACUAUUGGCAGAUUGCUAGACGAAACAAGUGACAGAUGUGGAGAUAGAACUGCAUAUGUGUUUUGUAGGGAUGGAAUCAGAAAAAACUUUACAGAGUUUAGAAAUGAGGUUGACCGUCUUGCAGCAGGUUUUCUGGCCCUUGGACUUAAGCCAGGGGACAGGGUUGGAAUGUGGGGACCAAAUACAGAGGAGUGGGUCCUGACUCAGUAUGCCACUGCCAGGGUUGGCAUAAUACUGGUGAACAUCAACCCUGCAUAUCAAGCUAAGGAAUUAGAAUUUGCCUUAAGGAAGGUUGGAUGCAAGGCCAUAGUGGCUGCCUCAGAGUUCAAGACACAGGACUAUUAUCAGAUGCUAUUCCAUAUAAACCAUGAACUUGCCUUCUGUAAACCUGGCCAGCUCAAGAAUCCACAUUUGCCAGAGCUUAGUAUAGUGAUUAUGCUUGGCAAAAAGAAAUUCCCGGGUACAUUUGCAUUUGACGAUGUACUGUCAAUGGGUGGGAGUGAUGAAGAGAAAGAGUUGCAACGCCUGCAGAAUAAACUCCAGUUUGACCAGCCAAUUAACAUCCAGUUUACAUCUGGGACUACAGGCCAACCCAAGGGUGCCACCCUUACUCACCACAACAUCGUGAACAACGCCUACUUUGUGGGCCUCAGAAUGGAUUACCACCGCAGGGACACCAGGAUCUGUAUUUCUCCUCCUUUAUACCACUGCUUUGGUAUGGUGCUUGGCAGCCUCAUGAGUCUUGUCCAUGGUGCAACCCUGAUAUUUCCUUCUCCAAGUUUUGAGCCAGAGGCAGCUCUGAAGGCUGUUCACGAUGAAAAAUGUACUGCACUUUAUGGCACCCCCACCAUGUUCAUAGAUAUGCUAAACCACCAGAACUUCUCCAGUUAUCACCUUGGAAGCUUGUAUACAGGCAUCAUUGGUGGGACCCCAUGCCCAGUAGCAAUCGUAAAACAGGUUGUAAAGAACAUGUAUAUGAGUUAUAUUACAGUUUGCUAUGGUACUACAGAGAACAGCCCAGUGACACUCCAAAGCUUCAUGGAGUCACCUUUUGAAAAGAGAGUGUCCUCAGUGGGAAAGGCUUCCGCUCAUGUGGAGCUCAAAGUGGUAAACAGCGAGGGUGACAUUGUCCCUGUGAACACAGUGGGAGAGCUCUGUACAAGGGGGUAUGCCACCAUGUUAGGCUACUGGGGUGAUGAGGACAGAACAAGGGAGGUGGUCAAACCAGACGGAUGGUAUCACACUGGGGAUUUGGCCUUUCUAGACGAGGAGGGCUAUGGUCAUAUCACGGGGCGUUUGAAGGACAUGGUCAUACGAGGCGGCGAGAAUAUCUACCCUCUGGAGGUUGAAGAGUUUCUCUAUACUUACCCUAAGAUUGAGGAUGUCCAGGUGAUAGGAGUACCUGACGAGAGACUGGGGGAAGAGUUAUGUGCCUGGGUGAGGCUGCACAAAGGGGAAACUGCCACUCAGGAAGAAAUUAAAGAAUUUUGUAAAGGAAAGAUAUCUCAUUUUAAGAUACCAAAGUACAUCAUGUUUGUGGACAGUUUUCCUCUGACAGUGACAGGCAAAGUUCAGAAGUUCAAGAUGCGGGAACAGAGCACAAAAGAGCUGCAUCUGGACCAUGUGAUACCCCACUAGGACAGCAUUUCAGCAGCUUGUAAAAAGACAUUAUCACAUAUUAACAUUAUCACAUAUUAUCAGUUCACGGCUGGAGAACUAGACAGGUUCAGGGAUUGAAAUGAAGUUUAUAAAAAAUACAGAAAAAUGUUGAAUUAUAUAUUAUUUUUAUAUUAUAUUUUUGAUAACAGUAAGAGUAGGAUGGGAUAUUUUGUACCAUUUUGCAUUUAUUCAAGGUAAACUAGUAGCAUUUUUAGCUAAAUCAAGAGAUUAGGACUUGUUUGUUUUCAUGGUAUUCAUUAUCCAAGUGCAAACUACUAGUUUAAAGAGAUCAUUACUCAUUUAAUAUUCUUAAACCUAAAAAUGUUAUAAAUAUGUAUGUUUUAACACAGGAUUGUUUAUACGGUCUACAUGUACAUUACAAUAGCAUUAACAGAUCAUGAUUUGUGAAGGGUUGCCAAGCAGCAAUUUUUUUGUUUCUAAACAAAGAAAGUUUUGGUACAAGUACCAUAUAUAUAUAUAUUAAUAUUUUUGUGAUAUAUUUUGCACCCAUAACAAAAUUAAUGUGGGACAAAAAAAAUGCGUGCAAUAAAACCACCAAGAAAAUGAGGGAGGCUGAAGAAAAGAUUUAUGAAUGCUGUCAAGGAGGAUAUACUGUACAGAAGAUAAGAGUAGAGGAAGACCAUAUGCAGGACCAGUGUGGGUGGUGGUAUGUUACUUAGUUGCUAUGGCGACCCCUAAGAAUGAACAAAUCCGAAACCCAAGAAGAAGUUUGUUCGAUAUAUGCCUGUUAAACUCUUCAAAAUUGAUACAAAGUGACAUAUGAGCUUAACUACAUUAUUUAGAAGACAAAGUGUAAUUUUAUGUAGUUUUACCUUGUACUGACAAAGGAAGUGGAAUAAAGGUGCAUUUUGAAAAGUAAAUUAUUGAAGAUGUUUUACAAGCAAGAGCAAUAACAAAUUCAAAAGAUACAGAA